AUGCAAAGAAAACAGCAACAAGACAAAGAGCUACAACGUCAACAGCAACAACCUUCUAUAGAAUUAUUAAAGGCCCUUCUACCAACCGAUAAUUAUCAAUUAGAACAUACAAGUGAUGACGAUAGCAAUGAUCCAUAUUUUGAUAAAUUAUUAAAUAAUGAGAAUAUUCGGUAUUUAAAGUCAAUACCUGAGGAAGAAAGCGAUGAAAUUAAUAGUGAAAAGAGCGGUGAUUGCUCGACGACGUUAUUACUGCCAGCAAUUCAUUGCGCUUCACCGUCGCCACUGUCACCAGCAAUAACCCAUUGCGCUUCAACAGUUAUUGAUCUAAAUAAAAAUGGAUCAUCGACUCAUAAUGAACUGAAAUAUUUCGAUCUACCUGAUCUUCGAGCGAUCGAUUCCGAUUCAGAUACCAGUUCAAUCAAUAACAGUUCUUCGAUAAAUCGUUAUGAGAUUGAUUUUAAUACAAUGAACGACCUCGAUCGCGAUCAGUCUGAAUUUAUCCUCGAAAAUAAUCCAUUGUUUGUUUUAUUUUUUUAA